AUGUCAAUUAAUGGAUUUACAUCUCCUGUGACAGCCAAUUCAACUACAGCAACGCAUGCCUCAAAUCUAUCAAACGCUCAAGAUCUUCAAUCAUUCUUCACAGAUUUAAUGAACAAAUUCUCACUUCCAUCAUCAAAUCAAACAGAAAUUGAAGACUUCAUCAGAUCAUCCAAAUUUGGACCUUCAACAAUCCUCAAAAGCUUCUCAGAAAAAAUCACAGACAUCCAAAAUAAUUCUCCAAAUUCAACAGUUUUUAUUGAUUGCGAUUUAAAACAUAAAAAAGCUUUAAAAAACUCAAAAAUCUUCGGCUUUAAAAACUGCGAUCCGGUGAAAAUUUUGACAAAUGAAAAAUUUACAAGCAUUUUUGACAUUUUUCCGUCAGCUUUUUUGGUGACUUUUGAGGUUCAAGGGGAUGUGAAGGACUUGAAUAGAGGCAAUAUAAUGAUGAAUAAGCAAGGAUCUCAUCAAGAACGUUUGAAAAGUUCAACUAAAAUCAACAUAACCUCAAAAUUAAAGAAACGAGAACAAUUUGAGCAUUUUUCCAGCGUGGAAGUUCAAAGAAUUGAGGAAAACUUUAACAAUUUCCAUCGUAGCUUCUUAAUUUUGAUACACAAAGAAGCAAAUGAGUCUGAAACAGCAGAAAUGACUACAAAAUUUAGUAAAUCAGAGCAAACUUCCGACUUACCCAAAACAAUUGACAACAAUUCAAACAACACCCCAGCAGCCCCCUCAACUUCCCCCCAAUACUCAACAUACCUUAUCGAAAACUCCCGCCUGACUAACCUCAAAAUCUCCGAUGACGACAAUUUUUCUCUCGGGAAUUUCAUAACUUCCCUCGACAGCCAGCUCACCAAAUCAACAAUCAUCGACUACUCUGAAAAAAUCACAGAAUCAUUAACCAACAAUUGUGGAAUCUGCCUACGAACACUUCAGCUUCUCAAUCUAAAAACUUACUUAUUCAAUCUGGAAAUUCCCAACGGAAAUCAAUUAAGGAAAUUCCACUGUGACAUCGACUGCUUCCGAACACUUUUAAUUACUCCGACUGACUUUAAUUUCACUAAAAUUCCAGAAUACAUUAGCAUCUUAUUGCAUGAGAAGUUCAUCAAGUCAUUGAGAAUGACAACGUCUGACGUCAUCAGUAUGGAUGAAAAUACAACAGUUGAUGAAUUUAUUGAAAGUCAUACAGUGACGAUGGAGCUUGAGGGACUCACAACUUUCGCAUUUUUACAGAGACAAUUUAGAGUUCUUGAGUUUUUGGUACGUGCUGAAUGUCCUUAUCCUGUGAAUUUCACUAGCAGCAAGGAUAGUUUGAGAUUGUAUCCAAUGAAGAAUCGAUUCGUACAAAAGCUUGAAAAGCACAAAGAGAAUAUAAAGAAUUUCCAUAAUGAUAUUAAAAAUGGCAAUGCUGAUGCAGUUAGGAGGUUCCUUAAGGAAAAUAAAGACACCAAGUUUGCAAGAGAUGAAGAGAAUAAAUCAGCAUUGAAAGUGGCUUUUGAUAACGAUCAGCUUGAGAUUUAUGCGAUAUUGAAGAGUCAUGGGAUGAUGUUGAGCAGUUUGGAGGAGGUUGUGGAAAAAUACAAGAAGAUCAACGACCUCAACGAGACAGAAAAAACUUUAAUCCGUCAUUCCAACUACAAACUUCUUACACCAGUUGCCAAAGAUGACGACAAUUACAUCGAGAAGCUAGUCCAAAGAUCAAAAUUCAACUUUGAUCCUUCUCUCUACACAAAAGAUGCAAUAAUCUCAGAGAUCCGUCGUGCCUUUACAGAUGUAAACCAAACAACACCAGAAAUUCUUGAAAUUUGCUCAAAAUCUGAAGACUUAGUUGUAAUUUUUGACUUUGACUACUCAGUUGUUGAUGAAUUUGAGCCUGGAAGUACAGCUGUUGGACUAGCUCAGCGUCAGUAUGAUUAUGUUGUGAUUGCAGCUAAUGAGUUCCUCAGUUUUAGUAAAAAUGACAGAAACUAUGCUUUAGGGACGCUGUCACAUGAAUUGAUGCACUAUGCGAUGUUCUUGGUCUAUGACAAUGACGCAUAUCCAUACCAAAAAGAUGAUUUGGAGACUAAAAGUUUGUUUAGGAACUUUUCUGAAAAAUGUAAGGAAUUUGAGAAAACUGAGCCACAUCUUGCCUAUCCAGAUGGCACUAAGGCUGAUGAGUUUGUCAUUGAACUGAUUGCAAGAGUUCCGGACAUACUGUUAAUGAGGAAGAAUCAACAACUUCUACUUGAUGUUAUUAAAUCUAAAUUUUCUGAGCUUUUUGACUUUUAUUAUGGUCAAAUUCUUCAAGACAUCCGAGCUAUGACAGCUACAAUGGGCGAUAGGGAGAAGAUUAGAGAAGUCAAUCAAUGGCUUGAUGUUGUUAGGGAAAUUGAGGAGUUCCAGGUUGAAAUCAUUGUCAAGGAUGUUGAAUCAGAUUGUACUAAGGAAGAGAGGAAGGAUUGCGAAGAAGUUGAUGACGAAGUUGAUGCAAAUGAGUCCGAAGAGACUACUGAGGAUCGAGAAGACAGUGGUAAAGAUGAUAGGAAGGUUCAAGAGGUUAGUACACAAAAGAUCAAUGGAGCUGAAGAUGACAAUAAGAUUCAACUUAGAGAAAAUGGUCAAAAUUCUACAAAAAUUAAUGAGAUGGCUAAUAAAAGUGGUAAAAAUGGUGAGUUUGGUGAAAAUGGUGAGUUUGGUGAAAAUGGUGAGUUUGGUGAAAAUGGUGAGUUUGGUGAAAAUGGUGAGUUUGGUGAAAAUGGUAAGAUUGGUGAAAAUGGUGAGUUUGGUGAAAAUGGUGAGAUUGGUGAAAAUGACAAAGAUAAUCAAGAACCUGAAGACUAUUUUGAAUCCAAUGAUAAUCAUGAAUAUUCAGAACACAAUGAAAAUGACAUUCAACAUCCAGGAUCAACUAAGAAUAAUCAAUCCACACCUCAAACUACUCUCACAUCGUCUACAUCCAAACCUGAAAAAACCACUCUACGCUCAAUUCCAAACACAAUCCCAGAAUAUAAUCAAUCAGCAAACGAUGAAGACAACCAAACCAACAACAUUGCAGCUCUCAUUGAAUCAACGACUAAAGCUAAGUUUUCAACCAAUGAUGAAGAUUAUCUUAAAUCAGAAGAGUUAGAAGAUGCAGAACAGCUGAGAACGCAAGACAAUUACUAUUAUGAUGACUAUGAAGAUGAAGAUGAUCCAAAUUACUUCAAGAAAAGGAAACCUGUUGAUAGAAGUAGAUUUUUGAGAAGGGGUUCUCAAGUUGAUGAUGAAGAUGUGCUUAAAAGUUUGAGGAGAACGGAUCAUUUUGCUGAAGGGCUGGUUAGAAGUCCCUCGGAUAACCUAAAAGGGAAGAAAAGUCAAACGAAGUUGAGAAAAACGCUCAAUAAUGUUAAUGAGGCUCAUUUGAGACAAGGUGGAGAUAAAAAUGCAAUUAAAGAAGGGCCACAAGUUCCAAAGUUGCUUAAAAACGUACAGAAACUCAAAAGAACCAGAACUCUAACAAAAACAAUCGAAAAUCAAUCGAAGAAUUCCAAAAAAUUCCCAAAAUCUCAUCAAAAAGUCUUCAAAAGAUCAACAAACCUCACAGAUCAUAAAUCCGAUCCUCAAACUUUCAACGAUCAUCAAAACUCAUCAGCAUCCACUCAAAACUACAACUUAGACGACUUCAUAGUCAACCUAGGCUUCAAACUAUCAUUAAACCAAAGCCAACACGCAAUUUUCACAAACUUCCCAAAAGCAAUCCUCAAAUUCAUCCACAAGAAAGUCAUUAAACACAGACAACUUGCAGUUUUCAUGAAAUUAUCAUCAGGACAUCUCGAAAACUUCCAUAAAAUCAUCAAUGACUUGUCAAAUCUCAAUUCUGAGGUCCUCUUUGUCAUCGAUUGUGAUGAUAUUGCAUAUCUGCCAGGAUUUUUUGAUACUCUUAAUGGAUAUUCAUUCAAGCAUGUCAUUUAUGUUGCUGAUGUGAAGAAUUUUGAGGAUUUUCAAGAUUAUAAAGUUGAGAUGCGGGAGUUUUCAGUACUUUGGGAUGACGUGUGUCCAAAAAGUCAGGACUAUUUAAGCAGCUUUGUUUUUUACUUCCAAAAUGAUGAGAUUGAACUCGGACAAAUUAUUGGAAAGAACAAAAGCAUUCUGAAUCAGUUUGCGAUGAACAAAAUCUACAGUCAAGAUGUCUACAGCAUUGCAACUGACUCUGUGCCUGAAAAUGAUGAAUUUUAUGUUGAAAGGAGGUUGAUUGAUGAAGAUGGGAGGGUGUGGGGGGUGAAUAUGGUUGUUAGGGAAUUAUUUGAGUUAGAAGAAGAGGAUGAAGUUGAAGCUGAUGAUAAUGAAGAUGUGGAGGAGGAUAGGGUGUGGCCGAAAAAAUACGGAAAUGUUCAUCGAUUGUCAAAGAUUCAAAAUAGCACGAAUAAAGCAAAAAUUGGAGAAAAUCAAAAAAAUUUGAACAAAAGAUGGACAAACUUACAAAGCUCUUCAGAAAUUGAACCCAAAUCUUUACAAAAUUCAUCGGAUUUUCUACAAAAAUCAUCCAAAAACUUCAAAAAGUCUGCUCAAAAAUUCAAAAAGUAUCAUAAAAAAUCUAUUGUAAAUUCAGAUUCAAUUUUGAACAGCAAAAUGAACAAAUUAAGUUCAAAUGUUAACAAUAAGUCACCAAAAGCCAUAACCAAGACAAAAUCAGCUGACAAUCUACUCCGAAAAUCAUUAAAAAUGCAUAAAAAAUCAACAAAACACAAAGAUGUCAUAAUCGAUGCCACAAAUGUAGCCGCAGCUGAAUUAAGUUCCUCAACUACCCAAAACUUCAAAGCCAAGUUCAAAAACCAAAGAAAUUCAACAACAUUCAUCUUAACCAGCCCACCAGCCUCCGGUAAAUCAACAACAUUAAAAGAAAUGACAGCAAAAAUUCGAGAAAUUUCGCCAACUUUGUGGGUUGCUUAUGUCAACUUAUCAGACAUUGAUGUUAAGUCCAACUUUACAUCUGAAGAUAUUUUGACAUUCUUAACUACAAAUGUCCUUAAAUUGACAGAACUUGAUGCUUUGGUCUUCAAUCAUUUAUUAACUGAAAAACGAAUUGUGCUCCUUUUUGAUGAAUUUGACAAAAUUGAUGAAAAAUCGAAAGAAAAUUCUGUGAAAAUCUUCAAAUGUUGUGAGGAACAUUCAGUCACGAUGUGGAUUUCAGCAAGACCAAGAAACCAGAAACUUCUUCAACAUAACCUCAAAAAUCCAAAAGUCUUCAAUCUUUCUGAAUUUUCAAAAUCUGACACUGAAAAGUUUAUGGAAUUUUUUGAUGAAAAUCGCGAAGCUGAAAUUUUGGAAUUUUUUGAUAAAGUUGGAAAUGUCGGAAAUCCAAAAAUGAUUCAUGAAAUUGCUGAGAUCUUUGAGAGUCGUGAGAAUAUUUCUAAUUGGUAUUCAAUUUACACACAAUUAGUUCUUAACAGGAACUUUGAGAAGUCAGCAAAAGCUCAAGAAACCAGUGACAUUGACGAAGCUUUAAGCUCACCACAAAAGCUCUUAAAAGCUCAUCAGAUCGCAGCUUUAAAUUAUUUAUAUCCCCAAAAAUUCUUAAAAUCCCUCAAUUUGACAAUCGAAUCUACAGACAAUCUUGAAAACUAUGAAAUAAUUUACAAAUGUUCAGAAAAUGAAACAAAAUUUGUUCAUGAAAGUUUUGCUGCUUAUUUUGUUGCUCAAUAUUUUGUGGACAAUUUGCUUAAAAUUAAUAUUUUAGACAGCAAUAAUUGGAAACUUUUGAUUGAAGCUACAAAAUUAAAAUGCUGGAGAAUUAUUGGUAAAUUUUUGAAUGACUUUAUUGAAAUUAAUAACAAUAAGCUAGACUUGAAUAAGAUUUUUAAGAACUAUAAAAUGGAGAUCAUCUGUGAAUUCAGCAUCCACAUUGGCUAUCGAUGCACCAUUCUGUCCCAACAAAUCUACGAAAAUACCGAACUUAAAUUUAUCGGCAACCACAGAGUUGGAAAAUGCAACGAUGACGUCACAGAAAUCAACUUUAAAGACUGCAUAGUCUCAAAAGUCCCACAAGGACUCACAAAGUCUUUUCCAAAUUUAAAGUCAUUGACAGUAACAGGCACAAAGAUGAAGAAGUUGACUAAACCUGACUUGGCUGAGUACAAAAAUUUCAGCUUUUUUGACUUUUCCAACAAUAAAAUUGACUUUUUGCCUGACGACUUGUUUGAGGACUUCCAAAAUUUGGAGUAUAUUUCGUUUUAUGGCAAUAAGUUGGCAAUUUUUGAGCCAAAUUUGAUUGAUGAACUUGAUAAAUUAGAGACAAUUGACUUGCGGGGUGACACUAAGUACGGGUACAUGAAUUCUAAUGUUGCAGCACCGAAUUGGGAUCCGGAAUUGAAUCAAAUAAAAAGUGAGCUUCGUAGAAAGUUUUGUCAAAAUAGCAGCUCAGUUGUGGCUGAAUAUUUACUUAAACAAAGGCUUAACAUUAAGUCAUUGAAGAAUGAGAAUGAAUAUUUGACAAAUACGAUCCAAAAGUUCCAAGAAAGCCAUCAAGGAACUCAAAGUUUAGUCGAUGAACUUGUCAAUGAGAACCAAAGCUUAAAAAUUGAUGUCAAAAUGUCAAGCCAGAAACUUCAAAUUUUGCAGAGUUCCAAUACAAAAUUAUCACAAAGGAUUCAGCUGCUCAGCCAUGAGUUGAAACAGCAAAAAUCCCGCAAUAAAUUCAUAAAUAAUAUCAAAAAUUUCCUAAUUCAAGACGACAUUUUUAAGGACUUUAGCAUUCAAAUUGACAAACAUGACUUUCCAGUCCACAAAUUCCUGCUCGCAGCUCGAAGCCCAACACUGGCUGAAUUACUGAAGAACAACCCUGAAGUUGAAAAUCUAAAUUUAAUCGACAUUUCUGUAGAAACUUUUGAAAUAAUUCUUAAAUUUCUCUACACUGACGAACUUCCAGGCGACGAUGGGACGAAUUUUUUGCAUCUUUUUGCAGCUGCUGGUAAACUGAAGAUCCAAGAACUUCAUAAUUAUGCAGCAACAACGAGCAUUUCGCUGAUUAAUGAUGAAAAUGCUUUAGAGAUCCUGAAUUUAAGCAACAAGUAUGGACAUGAUGAGCUGCGACAAAAAGCAUUUGAAGAAAUUAAAAGAAAUUAUCCAAAAAUUGAGUUUGAAGAUGCAUGGAUAUACGAUGGCGCCAAAAUUGCAAAGAUUGUUGAAUUUUUUGUUAAAAUGAAGAGAAUGGAAGAGGAUUUUAAGAUGGUCAUGAAGGAUGAAUAGCUUGUUGUCAUUAUUUAUACUUUAUUGGACUUUUGUGGUGUG